AUGGCUCUCCGCAUCAAUUCCUUCACUCUUUCUUCCGCUUUACCUAAGAUAGAGUUAAGAGCUGGAAAUUCCCGGAGCCCAAGCUUCAGUGUUAACUCGCAGAUGAUAAUCCAAAUGCGAAAGGAGAGUGGUGGAAGAAGAAUCUGGAGGCGAAGGAAAAUGACAAAAAAGGACGAAUCUUUGCCCUUCAGAAUGGAGCGCAUUCCUUUUCUGGAGGAACAGGUGAGGAAGAUAAAGGAUGAGGGAAAGCUCUUGCAAUUGGACAUAGAGAAGUUACUGUUAUCAGAAGAUAAUAGGUAUGAUUUUGUGAAUGAGAUAGCAGCUGAGGCCAGUGCUUAUGUUGAGAGCAACACGGAUGAGUAUGGAGGUGAGAAGAAAGCCAUUCUUCAUGCUUUGAGUAAUCGAGUGAAUGAUGCUGGAUUUUACCGUCCAGAGGCGUAUUCCGAGUCUGAUCCCUUCAAACCUGGACCUCAUUAUUUGAAAGAGUUUUUUACAUAA